GUGCAUCCGUCGCUCAGCAGCACAGACGGCGAGCAGGACGUUGGGAAACGAACAUUUCUAAUCGUUGAUGCAUUUUGGGAAAGUGUGCAGCUCCAAAAGAAAUCGCCAAAUAUUCCCAUUUAGAACUACUACAGCUGAAGUCCACAGUCAUAGCCAUGGGUACUUAAGACCGACCAUACCUUUCUCGAUUUGGAACUUCGUUAUUUGGAAGCGCGCCAUUCUGUGUCGAUUACCCUGGCUUAGUCUCUCAGCGGUUUUGAUUUGUUUUCAGCUUGACAACAUGUGAGACCAGGCAGACCUGGAGUUCAGCUGAAGAGAAGGAGGUGCAGCGGGUGGACAUGAUAAAAUGGCUGUCGUCGCAAAGGGGACACUUUGUUAGGACGGUGGCUAAACCUUGUAGCAGAGAUGAUAGCAGAAGUGGAGUCACCCAGCAGAACGUCUUGCCAAAAAGAGAAUGAGAGCCACUCUGAGUCUGAUGAUGACCUGGAGAAUCAGAGGAGGGGAAGUGAAAGCACCACUUCAACGUGGAAGAAACGAAGGAGCCAGUCAUCGAAAGGCAGGCGGAGAUCGAGGAGCCACCAGAUCCGAUCACAUGGAGAAGAGCAGCAGGAUGAGGUUGAGGCCGUCACGCUAUUUGAAGUGGUCAGGAUGGGCAAGAGCGCCAUGCAGUCCGUGGUUGAUGACUGGAUUGAAGAGUAUAAACAAGACAGAAAUACUGCGCUCUUGGAUCUCAUCAUUUUUUUUAUUCAGUGCUCAGGAUGCAGAGGAAUUGUUACAGCCGAAGUUUUUCAAAAUAUGCACAGUCCUGACAUCAGGAGAAAAAUGACUGAGGAAUUUGAUGAGGAGACUGGCUUACAGUACAAGAAGUUCAUGGUGUAUCCCUGGAUCCUGAAUGUAACAUGGCCACUUGAACUGGACAGUGGGGAUUACCCCCUGACAAUGUCAGGACCCUACUGGAAGAAGUUCAAGUCCAACUUCUGUGAAUUUCUCUCUGUGUUGAUUCAGCACUGUCAGUACACCAUCAUACACGACGAGUACCUGAUGGAUACAGUGAUCUCGCUUCUAACCGGCCUCUCAGACUCCCAGGUGCGGGCAUUCCGACACACCAGUACACUUGCAGCUAUGAAACUAAUGACGGCUUUAAUCCACGUGUCUCUGAGUCUGCGGAUACAGUUGCACAACACGCAACGACAGUGUGAAGUGGAGAAGAUGAACAGAAGGCCAAACCGGGGACUAGAAACAUUCUUGCAGAAAAAGGAUGAGAUUUUAGAAAAGCAGGGGAAUAUUGAAAAUCUGAUGGAUGCCAUCUUCAAAGGAAUCUUUGUACAUAGAUAUCGUGAUGCAUUGCCUGAAAUCAGAGCUAUUUGUAUCGAGGAAAUAGGCAUCUGGAUGAAAACCUGCAGCGAUCGCUUUCUGACUGACAGCUACUUGAAAUAUGUGGGGUGGACUUUGCAUGACAAACAAAGUGAGGUGAGAUUGAAAUGCCUGAUUGGAUUACUGGGCCUGUACUCUGACCAAGAGUGUUGUGCAAAGAUGGAUCUUUUCACCUGUCGCUUCAAGGACAGAAUCAAAUCAAUGACUCUGGACACUGAAAGUGAAGUAGCUGUACAAGCAAUUAAGGUGUUAACUCUCAUGUUGGAGAACUGCGAAGAUGCAUUGACUUCAGCAGACUGCGAACAGCUCUACCAUUUUGUGUACUCGGCACACAGGCCCGUUGCUGUGGCCGCUGGAGAAUUCCUGCAUACCAAGUUGUUUUGCAGCCAGGAUUCUGAAAUUCAAGAUGAAUUGUCUGAAAGGAAGGAGAGAGCCACCUGUAACAUCAGCCACUUAAUGACUCUGGUGAACUUCUAUCUGGAGAGUGAGGGGUACACCCAUUCAGCUUACCUCGUUGACAGCCUCUGGGAUCACUCGGCAUUCCUACUGAAGGACUGGGAGUCCAUGACGGCCAUACUGUUAAAAGAUGGCGGUACGGGAGACAAAGGUUUCACUAACCUGCAGAAGAAGGGACUGGUGGAGAUCAUGCUGAGCUCGAUACGGCAGGCGGCAGAAGGCCUCCCUCCUGGUGGCAGGUGCUUGGGAAAGAAGGUUCAGGUGGUCAAGGAGAGGAAGUCCCAGAUGGACGAUCGAGCGAAGCUCACGGAACAUUUCAUUGUGGCUCUUCCACAGCUGCUGGCUAAGUAUUCCGCUGACGGGGAGAAAGCAAUUAAGCUAAACCUUCUACAAAUACCCCAGUAUUUUGAUCUGGAAGUCUACAGUACCGUGCAAAUGGAAAAGCACUUGGGUACCCUGCUGAAGCAGAUAAAGGAGAUAGUGGAACAGGAGACGGGCUCUGAAGUUCUGGAGUUCUGUUCGAAGGCGUACCUCUUCCUCAGCAAGGAGGAGCUGGCUGCUCACGAGCAAGUGGAACUAGCGAAGAGUCAGUUAUUCGACCAGCUUGUGGGGAAGUUCAACCAGCUGCUGAAAGACUUUCUUCACAAGGGAGACCAGUUUGAUGAGACUGAAUCUUACCAAAUGUGGUCAACGCUGAAGAGAAUAACUACCUUCCAUAAUGCUCACGACAUAACUGGAUGGAAUUUGUUGAACAGCACCUGUAAGCUGCUAAAGAGCGGGCUGGAGGACGGGACUGUCCCCGAGCCGAUCAUUAUUCAGGCAAUAAAGUGCAGCUACUUUCACAUCAUGUGGCAACUCUCCAAAGUAUCUGAAGGCAUUUCCUCUAAGACCAUGCAGGAGUCCGUGGGGAAGCAGAUGAGGGGAUUCUGUUAUAUUUGCAGACAGUAUCUGACCAAUGUCAGCGACGUUAUCAGAGAGCAGGCUUUCGUGAUCCUCUGCGACCUCCUGCUGGUGUUCAGCCACGAGGUUCAGUCCAGUGGCGGCGACAACAUUGAGUCCUUCCCCUACGUUCCGGAGGCUUCCCUGCAGUCGGAGCUUUUGGCCUUUGUCAUGGAGCAUGUGUUCGUUCCCCAGGACAGCGAGAACGUCAGCAACGAUGAAGAAGGCAAAGUGGGUGUUUUGCACAAGAGGAGGAACCUCCUUGCAGCCUUCUGUAAGCUGAUAGUGUUCAGUGUGGUGGAGAUGGACAUCGCAGCCAACAUCUUCAAACAGUACAUCAAGUAUUACAACGACUAUGGAGACAUCAUUAAGGAAACACUCAGCAGGACCAGGCAGAAUGACAAAAUACAGUGUGCAAUGACUUUGAUUCACUGCUUAAAGCAGCUGUUCAGUGAACUGUUGCAAGCUCAAGGCUCCAAUGUAACCAGAUGGUUUCAGCCGUUCAUCAGUAUAAAGGACUUGGCCAGGCGCUUCUCGCUGACCUUUGGCUUGGACCAGUUGAAAACCAGGGAAGCAAUGGCCAUGUUGCACAAAAACGGCAUUGAAUUUGCCUUCAGCGAUCUCAAUGCAAAGGGUAAGAAUCAGCCUCCCCCUAAUCUGCCAUUCCUGGAUAUCUUGAGUGAAUUUUCCUCAAAGCUGCUGAGAACAGACAAGAAAACAGUACUCAAUUACCUGGAGAGAUUCAUAACAGACCAGAUGUUAGCAGAGGGUGGAGAGGGGUGGCUCCCACUGGUCUCAUAUAAGCGGUCCUUGUUGGACACCAGGGACGAUGAGACAACUUCCACAAGUAGUGAUGACAGGAGCCCACCAUCACCAGCACAACACAGUUCCAAAGCAGCAUCCCUGAAAAGACAACACCAAACGGGGGACAGCAAUAGUAGUGUGGCACUGAAUGAGGAACAGCAGAGAAAGCCAUUGCCCAACUUUCUGAUGUCCCAGUUAAAGUCGACGGAGCUCAGAGAAAGUGAGAGGGACGUAAACCAGAUGGGGAGUUGUGUAAAGGAAGAUCCAGUGGACAAGGACGGGUUACAGUCACUGGGCAGUGAGUAUGGGACCAUCACAAUGGAAGUCACAGAGAAUAUAACAACAGAAGAUGCGGCUAAAUCACCUGAAAGUGACCUUGAUGACUUGAAUGAAAUAUUGGAUAUUGAUAAUGACUGAUGUGAACCUGAUGCCAGUGAGGGGGAUAUCUCGUGGCAGUGUCGGCGUCAACAUUUCCAAUUGGGAGCUGUCGAAAACACUGAAAUCUUACAAAAAUAAUUUAUGUUACCAGCAUAAUUGGAACCAGAGACCAAUGAACAGUUGGUGGUACUGUUGCAGUACCUAGGAGCAAAACAGAAGAAAGUUUCUUUGCAGGAAAGCCCCUGCAGUAGGACAUCUCCCAUGGCUGAGGUAGUUCUUCAAAGGAUAUUAAUUUCUGCAGCUCGUAAGAUCUUAUUCCUUCCUCUCAAAAAUAGUUAGUGUACAAGUGACUUUCACUAUUUUUAUUCUUGGGUAAAUGGAUGGAGUUGCAUUUCAUCACUUUCAGCAUUACAGUAGAAAAAAAACAAGCUGACAAAAUGAGUAAAAAAUAGUGUAAUUCAGUGUAAUUAUGUAUGAUACCUAACUGGGUUAGUUUAUUAGGAAUUUAGAAAUUAAGAGCUGAGUGCCAAGUAAUAAAUGGGGGAAGGUUAUCAAAUUAUGCCAAUAACUUUUAAAAUUAUACACAAUAGUGUGCAAGAAGGUGUAUCCCAAUCUGUCAAUCAUGAAUUUUUAAACAAGUAUGACAGUACCAAGUAUUAUUAAGACAACCUAUUUAGGGCUUUUAAGUCUGGAUUUAACUGGCAGACCAUCUCCAAUUUGAUCUUAUUUCUCUGCAAAUAGUGUAAGUGGAGGCAAGAAAGGGUUUAAGUAAAGCAAGAUAGAAAUGGAGAGCGAGGAAGGUGAACCAAAAAAACUGAGAUUGGAAGUGCAGACUAUAUGCAGUGGCCACUUUAUUAGGUACACCUGCUCAUUAAUGCAAAUAUCUAAUCAGAGAAUCAUGUAGCAGCAACUCAAUGGUCAUAUGAUUCAGCUGCUGUUCAAACCAAGCAUCAGAAAGGGGAAGAAAUGUGAUCUAAGUGACUUUGACCGUGGAGCGAUUUCUUGGUGCCAGAUGGCAUGGUUUGAGCACCUCAAACACUACUGCUAUCCUGGGAUUUCAUGAACAACAGCCUCUGGAGCAGGGGUUCCCAACCUUUUUUUAAUGCCAUAGACCCAUAUCAUUAACCGAGAGGGCUGUUGACCCCAGAUUGGGAACCUCUGUUCUGAAGUUUACAGAGAAUGAACGGUAUGAAGAACAAAAAAAAAACAGCCAGUGAGUGGCAGUUCUGUGGGCGAAAACAUCUUGUUAAUGAGAGAGGUCGGAGGAGAAUUAUCAGACUGGUUCAAGGUGACAGGAAGGGGACAGUAACUCAAAUAACCAUGAGUUACAACAGUGGUGUGCCGAAGAGCAUCUCUAAAUGCACAACAUGUCGGACUUUGAAGUCGAUGGGAUACAGCAGAAGACCACACCAUUUUCAAUUCUUAUACCUAAUAAACUGGUAACUGAGUAUAUGUUGUUAUUAUCCAAAGUAGGUCUAAGAAUGCUUGUUACAGGAGAACUUUGAGCGUAUUCAAUAAAUGUAAUUAUCAGUAGAUUCCAAAUAGAUGCUGAAUUUUGGUACAAUUGUCUAGUUAUAGUUCUGCAAUGCCAAGGUAAUUUCAAACCCCCAUUGCAGAUAAGUUGAAUUUAAUAAAUCUGGAAUCAGCAAAAAGCAACCACAAAACAUUUGUAAUUAUCAUUAAAACACAAACAAGCUUAUUAACAUCUUCUAGGGAAAAGAUUUGCAAUUAAUGCUGGGUCAUUCAUUAAUUUUAAACUGACUAAAUAUGCCAAGGGAUACUGGGCAUUUUAUUGAAUGAGGAAAUCAGGCUAAAGGGACAACCAUCCCUAAGAAAUCAGUCUGACAGAGAAAUUGUCGCUCUGAGGUUCAAUAGCCACAGUGGUUUGUCAGUAACGUCUAAGCAGCUGAGAAACGUAACUCACCUGGUCAAUAAUCAUAUGAAUCAUGGUAAACAAUAGGAUUGGUCCUGGGAGUGUCCAGUAUUCACCAUUGACCUUUUAAUUUCAAGUCAGAUCUGCUUCAUACCUACAUUCUUCCUGCUCAAUCAUUCAGCUGUUGAAUCAGUAAUUCUCCCCAUUUAACAUUAUUUGUUGGAAAUAAUGCAAGAACAUAGAUUUCUGUCGAAGGGUUUCGUUCCGAAACGUCGACUGUAUUUUUUUUCCCAUAGAUGUUGCCUGGCCUGCUGAGUUCCUCCAGCAUUGUGUGUGUAUUGCAAGUAUGUAGAAUUUAGCUCUAACCUGUCUCUCCCCAUGGUUCCAGUGACUACAAGUCUAGCAUUCUUGAAAAAUAGCAAGAUUAACUAAUCUCAACGGUGUGAAUGGGAUAUUUUGCACAAAAUAUCUACCAUACUGGCUUAUAUUUAAAAUGGCACAUAAUCAAAAACCUUCAGUGAAUUAACACACACAAAAUGCUGAAGGAACUCAGCAGUUCAGGCAGCAUCUAUGGAAAGACGGGGCGCCACAGUAGCAUAGUAUUUAGCACAACAGUAUUACAGCGCCAGCGACCAAGGUUCAAUUCCUGCCGCUGUCUCUAAGGAGUUUUUAUGUUUUCUCCUUGACUGUGUGAGUUUCCUCCGGGGCUCCGAUUUCCUCCCACAUUCCAAAGACGGAUGUGUUAGUAGGUUAAUUGGUCACAUGGGUGUAAUUGAGCAUGGCAGGCUCCAUGCUGUAUCUCUAAAAUAAAAAAAAAGGAAUAGAGUCCUUUAGUAAAUUGAUGUUCUGCCAGGUUAUAGUAAAGAAAUACACUAAUACAUUUUACAUAAACCUUUGAGGCGUUUCUGAAACAGAUGCCAGUGCAAUUCAUAAAUACAGGAUUUACAACUUGACGGAUCAAGUAGCUCUGUGAGUAUUACACGCAGACUGCUUUCUGGAGGGUGGCUCAGUAAAACUAUCUGAAGUUCAGCCAGGUUAUAAGAGGGACAUUUCUAUUUCAAAUCUAUAGGAGGAGAGAUCUGUACUAAUUCUUUGUUUUCAAUUAAAGAAGUCACAGCCAGAUACCACCGCCUCAAGCAGUGCAUUAAAUAUCUCCCCUGCCUCCUCAUUAAGUGCACGAUUUCAGGCCACGAUGGUGAAAACUGGGGGUGGGAGGAGAAGUGGGCAAAAUUUGACACAUUAUUUGCAUAGUAGUGGUAUGUGGAUAUGUACAGACCAAGGUAAUUUUAUACAGCAUUUGGGCUUGCAUAAGCUAUUAAAAAUACAAACAGAAAAAUAGUCAUAGCCAAAAUGAAGUCUUCAUGAUAGAGGCAAGUUGAAAUGGUUCCUCACACGGCAGUGCAGCUUUUACUGCAAUCGUUUUGCAGCACCAGCUUUCGCUGAUCUGGGUUCUCUUCUUGCUGCUGCCUGGAAGAAGUUUGCACAUUCUCCCCAUGACCAUGUGGGUUUACUUCAGGUGUUUUGGUAUUCUCCCACAUUCCAAAGAUUUAAGGUUAGGUCUUUAUUAAUCAAGAACCUAGCAACCUCUGCUUUAAAUAUACCCAACGACUUAGCCUUCACAGCUGUCUGUGGCAAUGAAUUCCACAGAUUUACCACGCUCUAGCUAAAGAAAUUCCUCCUCAUCUCCACUCUAAGGCUGUGCUCUCUCGUCCUAGUCUCUCCCAUUGUAGCAAACAUCCUCUAGGCCUUUCAAUAAGCACUGGGACACCUGAAGGAGCAGCUUCAAAACUCAGGUUCCUUAAACAUUUUACAAAGUUCACUAUGUGCUUAAACCAACAGGGAGUGUUUAAUUUAGCAUCUAUCUGCUGAUAUGUUCAUUCCAUGGGUGCCUUAGUGGUGACACCAUCAGCAACACUGCAUUAACAAUUCUAGCUGAGCGUGACAAGGUCUGCAGGAAUCCCAACAGCUGCCACAACAGUGUCAACUCUCUCUGCUCAAUGACAGAUGUUAUUUCCCUAAAUAUGGGCACAUUUCAACAGCAGCCAUGUGUUCAGUCAUUUAUAACAACAAAAAUAAAUAUAGAAUCAGAAUAUUUUUCUAUAAAUUAUACAAUCUAAUUCCUUAUUAUACUACGUAAAUGCAAAUUUUAACAUCUGAACACCAUGUCUCAUUGUCCCAGUGACUGCAGUAUUUCAGCUGGUCUACGGCUCACUUUGGCAUUUCUAAAAUUUCCUCUGUGCUAGCUCAUUUUGUAAGAAUUCUCAUUCUUGGCAAAAAUCAGCUUGGCACCUCCUGCCAUAUCUGUCACACUGGAUCUCACUCCUCACAUCUCUGCCACCUCAUCUUUGAUGUUGCUCCAGAAUUAUGGAAAACCACCCCCACUUCCCCAGAACAGCCAUUGUCUGGCUGUUGUUUGACUGUCACAGACUUGAACUUGGGGCAGCAUGGCAGUAUAGUGGUUAUAGUACCGGUGACCCAGAUUCAAAUCCUGCCACUGCUUGUAAGGAGUUUGUACGUUCUACCCAUGACUGCAUGGAUUUCCUCUGGGUGCUCUGGUUUCCUCCCACACUCUGAAGAUGUACCGUUUGGUAGGUUAGUUGAUCCUUGUAAAUUGUCCCGUGAUUAGGCUAGGAUUAAAUCAUUGGAUUGCUGGAUGGCGUGACUUAAAGGUCCAAUUUCUCACUGUCUCACAAUAAAUAAAUAAAUUACUCUGAUUGGUGUGCGGCUAAGUAGUUGCAGUUGCUUACCAAUGACAGGAGGGCAUCACUUUCUCUAAACCACGAACAAUGCUUUGACAUUUGUUCAAUUUGUACGCAGCUGAUAGUUCUCUUUAAUCUAUUGAUUGAUGUAAUACUCAGAAUUUAACUUGAUUUGGUAGCAAUACUUUUACGAUAGAGAUUCUCUGCUCAAAUUAACAUAUCUACUAGAAUUCUGAAGAAUAUUUGUUUCCAAAUAACAAUGAUUAGUCACGGCCAUAAGAAAUUUCGAAACUACAUUCAUUGAAAUGUUAUUUUUCCAAGUCAUUCAUGUAAUUGUUCAUUAUGUUCAAAGACAGUUUGCAAGGUGCUCACCAGUUAAGGACUGUAAUUGUGCAUGUUAAAUAAAGCUGAUAUUCCAAUACAAAACAAAUUCUUGUUCUGUCUUCUUCAGCCCUUUGUCACUUCUAUCACCUCCCAGUUUCUGGCACCAUUCCC